UUUGUCCCUCUCGUUCCUUAUCGCACAAGAAGAUUUCCUGGACGCGAUUUUGGACACUGGACACACUGGACGCAGAGCAGGACUCGCACGGGAGGCACAAACCUGACAGCAUAUUCAUCGUUUGUGGCUAUAACACAAUGGAGCCAGCCUUCGGAGAGGUGAACCAACUCGGCGGUGUUUUCGUGAACGGCAGACCGCUUCCCAACGCCAUCCGGCUAAGGAUAGUGGAACUGGCCCAGCUCGGGAUUCGACCCUGCGACAUAAGCAGGCAGCUCCGCGUCUCCCACGGGUGCGUCAGCAAGAUCCUGGCCCGCUACAACGAGACUGGCUCCAUCCUCCCGGGCGCCAUCGGAGGCAGCAAACCGCGGGUCACCACACCCACCGUGGUCAAGCACAUACGGACAUACAAGCAGAGAGACCCGGGGAUUUUUGCCUGGGAAAUCCGGGACAGGCUACUCGCCGACGGGGUUUGCGAUAAAUUCAACCUGCCCUCCGUCAGUUCCAUCAGCCGGAUCCUGCGCAACAAGAUCGGGAAUCUGUCCCAGAGCCAGUAUGAGUCGGGCAAGCAGGCGCCUCACCCACCGCCACAGCCAACGUUACCGUACAACCACUUGUACUCAUAUCCGACACCCAAAGUGCCCACUCCCCCCGGCAUGCCCACACUCCCUGGACACAUGGCCAUGCACAGGAUAUGGCCCUCUUCGCACUCUGUCACAGAUAUUUUGGGGAUACGGUCUAUAACAGAGCAACAAAUUAGUGAAAGUCCAUCCUUUUCCAGUGCCAAACUAGAAGAAUGGAGCGCUAUAAACAGGACUAAUUUUCCACCAGCAAGCUCUCCACUAGUCAAUGGCGUGGAUAAACCGCAUUUAGAACCUGAAGCAAAAUACACACAGACGCCGAAUGGAUUGCCCACAGUGAACAGCUAUGUCACAGCGCCCAGCAUCCCUCCCUACCACCCUCCCACCCAAGUGUCGCCCUACAUGGGGUACAGCGCCACCACGUCGGCCUAUGUGACCGGACCCACAUGGCAGCCAGCCAGUGGCAGUGCUCUAUCUCCCCACAGCUGUGACAUCGCCACCCCUCUGGCCUUCAAGAGUAUGACAGCCAACCGUGAUGCCAUUCAUCCCGUCACUGCCUCAGCACUGUAAGACCAGCUACACCGACCGAGACAGAAGGAAGAGAGGAGGGGGGGGAGAGACGGCGGGGACAGCAGACACAAGUCGAUCCCCUCUGGCCUGCGUCGCCUCACUGCCACCGCCUCCUUUGUACUCCUAUGAAGGAUUCGGCCCCAGGACCCACGUUUGUGGCGUUCUCAUGCGACCCCCCGAUUUCCAGGGGUUUCCUGCAGGCCAAAGAGACGUGGGGAAAUCGGUCUGUCAAUUUGUACUACAAACUCAUUUGCUAUCUGUAAGAACUUGCAGAACAGGCAUACUGAAGGACUGAUUUGACUGCUACUAUGAUGAGGACAUUUUGCCAUCCAUCUUCAUGUCUCCUCUCAGAGUCUUUACUGCACACUUCUGCAAAUGUCUUUGGGGAAAACGGGGUAAUGUAUGGCGCCUUCAAGAAUAAGCAAUCACAGAAGAGGGAAAAAAAGUUUGCAUUUACGUGUUUCAGGGUGCUUAUCAAUUGCUAUUGUUUUUUGUUUGUUUUUUAAAUGUUUGUAUGCUUUUUUUUGUUACGUUUUGAUAAAAGUAACUGUCUUAUGGAGCAUCGUUUUUUCCCACUUCUCUAAAAAUGUAGCCUAUGCAAAAGCUCCAAAGAGAAGUUAACGUAAUGUUUAUUUAUUAGACUAAGGUACGUUGAAUGAAGUGCAAUUAGCCUCACAGACACAAUGGGAAUCUCCACGCACAUUUAGACAAAAUUGGCAUUGGUCUUAUGCUGGAAUCUAUAGCAUUAACAGUUGAGCUGAACACUUCCAAAUGUUGCACAAUGAAAUUGAAUGUAUCUUAUUAAAUUGUUUGGCUGGUA